UUUCCCUUCUUUGCAAACCCAUUCAGCAAAAGCAUUCCUAUCUCGGCUUUGCCUGUUGAUUCGGAUUAUCCUGUCUAUCUCACUCCGGAACGGACACCCGGUCUGCGACUGCGACAGUCGAGCCAUACCACCGAUGACAGGCCACCGUACCAGUCCCGCCCCGGACCAGGUGGCAUAUUUCCUGCAAUCGGCUCUCCAGCUUGUCGGAAAACUGUACGAGAUACAUGGACUUGACGAUGAGCAGGCCUCAUUUGACUGGGAUGCAAGGAGUGUGGUUGUUCGGUUUGAGGUCCUAAACAGCCAGCUAUCGGUACCGUUUCCGGGGCGAGAGGUAGGGCCGUUGGUCGAACAUGAGCAGGCUCUGGAGGAUAUUCGCACGUCCUGUAGAAUUAUCACUCGCACUAUCCUCUCACGGGUGAAUAUGAUACAAACUUUCGGGUCUGGGUAUCCGGAUGAUGUGGGCACUUUUAAGCGCUUCUGGCCGCGGGAAGAUGUCGAGGCGUUGGAGGAGCGGUUAGGUACUCUCAUGUCGGGACUUGAGAUGGGUGCUCAGUCGCUAUCGAGCUUCCAGGCCGGUAAAAUGGUCCAUACCCGUGAAUCACUGGACUCACUCGACGUCGGGGAUGAGCGGGAUGAACGGGAGCGAGAGGCUAAGCCAGCUGCAGCUCCAAAGAGAACUCCCAAGGGAUAUAAUGUGGUGUCGCUUUUUGAUCAGGGGCCUGCCGGCAAAACAGCCAGAUCAUACACCAAGGACACGGAAUUCACGGACCAAGAGAUGAUCAUUCGAGAUUUCUUGCUGGAGAGUCUCAAAUUCUCGUCAAUGACUGAUAGAGAGGACAGUGUCACUGUCGCCCAUGGCGGGACGUUUGACUGGAUAUUCUCAGCUGAGAAUACCGCUGAACACGGGAAAUCGGGGGUGGAGGAGUCGCUCACGCGGUGGCUGUCGAAUGUCCACGAUAGUGGCAUAUACUGGAUCAGCGGCAAGCCAGGAUCAGGCAAGUCGACGCUGGUGCACUUUCUGAGGCACCAUUCCAAAACCACCGAUCUGCUUCAAUCUUGGGCCGGCGACGAACCGCUCAUCACCGCCGGCUUUUAUUUCUGGAUCAGCGGUACCCUGGAGCAACGAUCCCAGACAGGCCUCAUGCGACAUCUUCUGUUUCAAUUGCUCGACCAAGAGAAGUAUCUCGUUCCUAUUGUUUUCCCAGCCAAGUGGAAGCACUAUCUGUCUCUUAGCACCCGCGAGCGCAUUAGAGCGUCCGUUUCAUGGGGCCUUGCAGAGCUCAAGGACGCCCUGCGCCAUUUCAUGCGACACACUGUAGGUCAAGCGAAGGUUUGUCUUUUCAUUGAUGGACUGGAUGAGUUUGCAGGAGAUCACACGGGAAUAGUGUCAUUCUUAGAAGCCAUGGCUUCGUCGUUCCCCCAUGUGAAAUUCUGCUUGUCCAGUCGACCACUCCCGGUCUUCCGCGCGGCGUUUGGAAACAACCCUGGUCUUGAGCUCCACGACUUGACUCGGCAGGAUAUGCUUCGCUAUGCCGAGGAUCACCUUCAUGGCAAUGCAUCGAUCCAGACCCUCUUUGCCGGUGACCCAACUGGAGCAUCAAGUCUCAUUGAAGAAGUUGUGGAAAGGGCGGAUGGAGUAUUCCUGUGGGUGACCCUGGUAGUGCAGUCGCUACUUCGCCGUCGGGGCUAUCAGAGCAUUUCCCAGAUGCAGGAAUACCUGCUGCAGCAUCCAGCCGACAUCGACGACCUCUUCACAUAUUUCAUCUUCGAGCAAUCGACAAAAGACCAGACCUUCCUGAUUUCCCGACUCUUCCAGCUCCUGCAAGCUCGAGAGGAGGCAUGCCACGCCACCGGGCAAGACGAGUCCGUCACCAUGCGCCUGUGGGAACUCGCCCUCGCAGACCAGCUAGACGAGGCAAACAUCACCAUCCCCGAGGACGUCAAACAAGCAAAUGACAACACCAUCGCCCAACUCUGCUCAACAACCAAAACCCACUUCUCCGCCGACUGCGCCGGCCUGAUCAUCACCAACCCCCCAAGCCAGACUACCAUUCGCACCAAAUCCUCAGAAACCCCAUCCCAGCAACUCGCCCAGAGCAAAGUCUCCUACAUCCACCGAACAGUGAAAGACUACCUCUCCCUCCGUCCCAUCUGGUCUCGCAUCCUCUCACUCACCAUCGGCACUCCCUUCGACGCGCACCUCUCCCUUCUGAUCUCCCACAUCCUCCAGCUCAAACACCCCCUCGACCCCUUUCACCCCCACCGCCAAACAGACGAAUGGUGGCCCCUGAUCCCGCUGGCAUUCACCCACGCCCGCCUCUCCCCGGACCCCCGCGCCCAACUCCUCUUCAUCCCCGCCCUCGACCAAGCCCUCACCCAGCACUGGUCCUUCCGAGACGACCCGGAAACAGACCACUGGGCCCGCAGCCUGUUCUCCAAUUACGAGAAGCGCAAAAAGGCCGUCUUUGAGCGACCCUUCCUCUCUCUCGCUGCCAAAUUCGGUCUCCGCACGCUUGUUCACCAUAAACUCCAAGACCACGACACCCUCACCCCAGCCCCGACACCAUCAACCGAAAACCAACCAGCCCCAAUUCCCCUCCUAACCCACCCCCUAACCUUCCUCUCCCACCGUCGCAAAACCGUCUACCCCCUCUGCGACCCCCUCCUCAUCGCCUCCCUCCUCGCCCACCCCCACUCCUUCGACCCAAACCAGGUCUACACCGAUCUCGACAAAAGGACGUACACGCCAUGGCUCCUUGUCCUCGAGAACCUGCGUGAAGCCGAGCGAAGACGCUGGAUCAGAUACUACGAUACCGAUGCAGACGGCACGGCGCGGAUGGCGCGCAUCGUGGAAUUGUUUCUGCAGGCUGGGGCGGAUCCCAAUGCCGUGUUGGUGAAGAGUCAGUUUGAUCCCGAAGCGACUGCUUUGGAGGUCAUUACUAGUUUGUAUCGGAAGUUUGGGGGGCAGAAGUGGGGGGCUUUGAGGGAGUUGUUGGUUGAGAGGGGGGCAGUGGGUGUACGGGAGUAG